GCGGGCGACGAAAGGAAAGGCGUGGAGAGGCGAGCCGGUCCUUCCGGCGCUGAGAGACCCACCUCACUCAUAGUUUCUAUUGAACUAAUCAGCUGAGGAGCGUCGGGGGUUGCCCGAGCCCUACGGCGAAACGAGCGAGAGACGCCAGGACUUUUUCGAAGAUGGCUGGGCGGCCUGAGACGCGCAGCCAAGGCUGGUGGAGGCUAUGCGGCCUGAGCCUCGGCGUCGCCUGUUUACUGGCGCUUCUGCCCGGCCUGGUAUUCUCAGACUCAUGUGUCUGGUAUGGCCAGUGCGGAACUGCUUUUGGAGAUAAAAAAUACAAUUGUGAAUAUAAGGGCCCAGCAUUGCCACUAUCGAAGGAUGGCUAUGAUUUGGUGCAAGAACUCUGCCCAGGUUUUUUCUUUGAGAAUGUUAGCCUUUGUUGUGAUGUACAGCAACUUCAGACUUUGAAAGACAACAUGGAGCUCCCUCUUCAGUUUCUUUCCAGGUGUCCAUCUUGUUAUUAUAAUUUUAUAAACUUGUUCUGCGAGAUAACCUGCAGUCCUCAUCAAUCUGAGUUUCUGAAUGUUACACAAACAAUUCCAUAUUCAGAUUCAAUUACAAAAGAGAAUAAAUCCAGUGUCACAGAGGUGCAGUAUUACAUUGGAGAAAAAUUUUCUAAUGCUAUGUAUAAUGCCUGUAAAGAUGUGGAGGCUCCAUCAAGCAAUGUUAAAGCAUUGGGACUCAUGUGUGGAAAAGAUGCUAAAGAAUGCAACGCCACCAAUUGGAUUCAGUAUAUGUUUAGCAAGGAUAAUGGUCAGACUCCUUUCAACAUCAUUCCAAUAUUUUCAGAUGUUCCUAUCUAUGGGAUGACUCCGAUGAACAACGUUACCAAAGGCUGCAAUGAGUCUGUGGAUGAUGUCACAGGACCCUGCAGUUGUCAGGAUUGCUCUAUUGUUUGUGGCCCCAAACCACAACCCCCUCCACCUCCUGCACCUUGGCUUUUGCUUGGUUUGGAUGCCAUGUAUGUCAUCAUGUGGAUCUCCUACACGGGAUUUUUGCUUGUCUUCUUUGCAGCAGUUUUUGGAGUCUGGUGUUACAGGAAGAGGCAUUUUGUUUCUGAGUACACACCUAUUGAUAGCAACAUCGCUUAUUCUGUUAACUCACGCCAGAAUAUUGGAGAAGCUACCUGGUGUGAAAGUUUUGGUGAGAAGUUUGAGAAUGUUUUAAGAGUCACAUUCACAUCAUGGGGAGCUUUCUGUGUUCGAAAUCCAAGACCUAUUGUUCUCUUCUCCCUGGUUGUUAUCGCUAUGUGCUCCUCAGGCUUGGUGUUUCUCAAAAUAACCACAAAUCCUGUUGAACUUUGGUCAUCCCCAAGCAGCCAAGCUCGCAAAGAGAAGGAAUACUUUGAUACUCACUUUGGACCUUUCUUCCGUACUGAGCAACUAAUUAUUCAAGCCCCUAAUACCAAGCCAGAGAUCUACUCUCCAUUCCCAAUAGGAGAUGAUGUACCUUUUGGACCUCCACUUACCAUAGAUAUCUUGCAUCAGGUGUUAGACUUGCAGAAUGCUAUUGAAAACUUAACUGCUUCUUAUAAUAAUGACACUGUUAUGUUGAAGGACAUCUGCCUGGCUCCUCUUUCUCCUUACAACAACAACUGUACUAUUCUGAGUGUGCUCAACUAUUUCCAGAACAGUCAUUCUGUCCUAGAUCGUGCAAUUACAGAUACAUUUUGGACCUACGCUGACUACCAUACUCACUUCUUGUAUUGCGUCCGGGCUCCAGCAUCUCUAAAUGACACAACCUUGCUUCAUGAACCAUGCAUGGGAACGUUUGGUGGGCCUGUCUUUCCAUGGCUGGUGAUGGGAGGCUAUGAUGAUGAAAAUUACAAUAAUGCUACAGCCCUUGUGAUCACAUUUCCUGUCAUGAAUUAUUACAAUGACACAGACAAGCUGAUGAAAGCUCAGGCUUGGGAACAGGAGUUCAUCAAUUUUGUGAAAAACUAUGACAAUCCAAAUUUAACAAUUUCCUUCUCUGCUGAACGUAGUAUCGAAGAUGAAAUAAACCGGGAAAGUAAUAGUGAUGUCAGGACUGUUGUAAUUAGCUAUGUUGUCAUGUUUGUGUAUGUCUCCAUAGCUCUGGGACAUAUCAAAAGUGCUGCUAGAUUCUUGGUGGACUCAAAAGUUUCCUUGGGCAUUGCAGGCAUCCUGAUCGUACUGAGUUCAGUUUCAUGUUCUCUGGGUAUCUUCAGCUAUUUUGGAGUCCCCAUAACACUGAUCGUUAUUGAAGUCAUUCCAUUUUUGGUGCUGGCUGUUGGAGUAGACAACAUUUUCAUUAUUGUUCAGACGUUUCAGAGAGAUGAACGCCUUCAGGGUGAAACACUAGAUAAGCAAAUUGGUCGAAUCCUUGGAGAUGUGGCUCCUAGCAUGUUCCUUUCGUCACUUUCAGAGACAGUGGCUUUCUUCUUGGGGAGUUUGUCUACAAUGCCUGCUGUUCGUACUUUCUCCCUCUUCGCUGCCGUUGCUGUAUUCAUUGACUUUCUCCUUCAAAUUACCUGCUUUGUAAGCCUGUUGGGUUUGGACAUUAAGCGUCAAGAAAAAAAUCGAUACGAUAUCCUGUGCUGUAUCAAAGGUGGUGAAGAAAUCAGUACUGUACAGCAGUCUGAAAGUGUAUUAUUUCUAUUCUUCAAAAACAUAUAUUCUCCAUUUCUUCUAAAGGAUUGGAUGAGACCAAUUGUGAUAUCCAUAUUUGUGGGUGUGCUAUCAUUCAGCAUAGCAGUUGUCAAUAAAGUAGAGAUUGGCUUAGACCAGAGAUUAUCAAUGCCAGAUGAUUCAUACGUGAUGGAUUAUUUCAACUCUCUCAGCAAGUACUUGCAUGCAGGUCCUCCAGUAUACUUUGUGUUAGAAGAAGGACAUAACUAUACUACUUUAGAUGGGCAAAAUAUGGUGUGUGGUGGAACAGGAUGUGACAACAACUCCCUAGUGCAACAAAUAUUUGAUGCAGCAGAGAUUAGCAGCUUCACAAGAAUUGGCUAUGCUCCUUCUUCUUGGCUUGAUGAUUAUUUUGACUGGGUCAAACCACAGUCUUCCUGUUGCCGAAUCUAUAACACCACUGAACAAUUUUGCAAUGCUUCAGUUGUCAAUCCAUCCUGUGUGCGUUGCCGGCCACUGACUCCAGAAGGGAAGCAGAGACCUCAGGGCGAAGACUUCAUGGAAUUUCUUCCAAUGUUCCUCUCUGAUAACCCUAAUCCAAAAUGUGGCAAAGGAGGACAUGCAGCAUAUAGCUCAGCAGUUAACUUUAUACACAACAACACUGAAGUUGGAGCUACUUACUUCAUGUCUUAUCAUACAGUGCUAAAAACCUCAGCAGACUUCAUUGAUGCAAUGAAGAAAGCACGGAUAAUAGCAAACAAUAUUACUGAAUCCAUGAACUCUAAAGAAGGAAACUAUCGUGUAUUCCCUUACAGUGUGUUCUAUGUCUUUUAUGAACAAUAUCUGACUAUUGUGAAUGACACCAUCUUUAACCUUGGCAUUUCCCUUGGAUCAAUAUUCAUAGUAACAAUGGUGCUGCUUGGCUUUGAAAUAUGGGCCGCCUUUGUUGUUUCCCUCACUAUUGCUAUGAUUCUGAUCAACAUGUUUGGAGUGAUGUGGCUUUGGGGCAUCAGCUUGAAUGCGGUUUCGUUAGUCAACCUUGUCAUGAGUUGUGGCAUCUCUGUUGAGUUCUGUAGUCAUGUGACAAGAGCAUUCACAAUUAGUACAAAAGCAACCAGAGCAGAGCGUGCAGAAGAAGCACUAUCUCAUAUGGGGAGCUCUGUUUUCAGUGGCAUUACUCUCACAAAAUUUGGAGGAAUAGUUGUGCUUGCCUUUUCCAAAUCCCAAAUUUUCCAAAUCUUCUACUUCAGGAUGUAUCUAGCAAUGGUGUUACUUGGAGCAACCCAUGGAUUAAUAUUUCUUCCUGUCCUACUUAGUUAUAUAGGGCCGUCAGUAAAUAAAGCUAAAGCACGUGCAGCACAGGAAAGGAACAAAGGUACAGAAAGAGAGAAACUUCUGUUCUUCUAGCCAUUUUAAGCAACAUGGUCAGUGGACUCUGAGUUCUGGAUGAAGCCUCUUCAUCAAAAAUUGUAGCAAAUUUCUAUGACUACUGUCACAACUGUAAAACACUACUGGAUUGAUUUGAUGUCUGUCUAAAAACAAGAGGACCAGUAGUACUGGAUGGUUUGGACUCAGGAAGUACGACAGACAACUUCACAUUUAUCAGUAUUACUAAAAUUAACAAGGUUAUAAAUUAUUACUAUUUAAUAAAUUCUACUUUUCAUUCUUGUAAAAGGUUGCUGUUAUACAACAUAAAUAACUUUCCUGAUGGAAUUUAAAGUGACAUGUAUGAGAAUAGAUUGCAGAACUACUGACAAUUUUUUAAAAUAUGUCAAUGCAAAUUUGUGGCUCUAUUUUUAGGGGGGGAAAUAAGCCAUCGGUUAAAACGUAAUAUUUUUAAUAUUUGCCAAAGGGUCUGUAUAUAUACUUUAUUAUAAAAUAGGAUUUUUUGUAGGUCAAAAGUAUCAGUACAGAAAUGCAAUAAAUUAAGUUUAUACAUUUUGUAUUGAAA